AUGAAUGUUCUUGUAUCGGCUCGCCCUGGCUCAGGAAAAACAGCUACGGCCGAAGCUAUUAUGGCUGCCCACCCGGACAAGCGAGUAGCUGUGCUCACUUAUUCGAAAAGACUCCAGCUGGAAACUUUUCAACGGCUUCGCACCUAUUCUAACUGCGAAGUCUUCACUUUUCACGCUAUGGCUGGCUUUCUUUUUGGGACCCUUGUCUAUGAAGACUCUAUCCUAGCGGAACAAAGGGAAAAUGUCCUUAAUCGCAGCGAGCUCCCUCAGUGGGACCCUGAGCCUUUUGAUAUCAUUGUAUUGGAUGAGUUUCAAGACUGUACCGAAAUCCUCUUCUGGCUGGCCAACUGCUUCAUCCUUGCUAAUGAUAGAAAAAUGGGCGGCCAAUCUGCCCGUCUCGUCGUUCUGGGGGAUGAAAAACAAUCCAUCUACGGAUUCCGUGGUGCCGAUGACCGCUACCUUACGUUGGCCCCUGAGUUGCUGGGUCCUCUCAACCGAUAUCCUUUUGUAAAGGCUCAGCUAAGCCAAAGCUUUCGGCUGUCGAUCCAAUCAGUUCGAUUCAUCAAUGAUACUUUUCUCGGUGGCGAAUCAUAUAUUACCAGCUCCAAGCCUGGCCCUAAACCUAUCGUCAUAAAAUGCCACCGAUGGCAGAGCAGAGCCCUGGCCAAGCAGCUAUGGACCAUGAUCGAGCGCUAUGGGCCCAAGAACACCGCAAUUAUAGCACCUUCGGUACGUAAUAAUGGGCCUUUGCAUAAACGCUGGCCUUUCCAGGAUGUGGUCAAUAUACUGUCUGAGCAGUAUGGUGUGCCCAUUGCUGUAUCACUCGAUGACGAGGUUCCACUAGAUGACAAGGUCGUCGAGAACAAGAUGUGUGUUUCCACAAUUCACCAAUUCAAAGGCAGCGAGCGUGAUUUAGUCAUACUCUUCGGACUCGACUCUUCAUUUUUCAAAUAUUUUGGCCGCGACCUCCCCGAUGAUAGAUGCCCUAACUUGGUUUAUGUGGCCCUGACCCGUGCUAUGGAACAGCCUGUCUUGGUCCACUACGAAGAUAAGAGGCUCAUGCCUUUUGCAUCUGUCGAAUCUUUGCACAAGACGGCCAAGAUCAUCGAUUUCACAAGAAAUCGAGACAGAAUUGAGCCCCCUGAUGCUCCGGGCCGACCGUUGGAGAGUGGGCUUACCCUGCCACGCUCGAUCGCAGUCCGGGACAUAACCCGGCACAUAAAGGAUGAAGAUCUCAACGCCAUUAUUGACAGGCACUUAUGUAUUCGAAAGCUUUCAACACUACCAGAAGAUGAGCACAUUGAGCUCCAAGGUGUCGUGGCUUCAGACGAAGGAAGGAGGUCCCACGAAGCGGUGAGCGAUUUAAAUGGCCUAGUCGUUGCCGCAGCCUUCGAGUAUGAUAUUGUGGGAACUAUGGGCACACUCGGUCUCACACAAAUCGAUGCUACUACAAUUCCUACAGUCUGCUCAAAGCAGGGUGUUUCGUGGCUAUGUCAAAAGGCCUGUGAUUAUGAGGCUGACUUCUCGGGCUAUCUCCCGCGUAGUAUCCAGAUGGAAAAUCACGCCUUCGAUUGGAUAGAACCUGAGGACCUUGCUCUAGCACGGAACCGACUCCACGGGGAGCUCAGCGAGCGAGCCGUGAACCUUAGGUUCGAAGUUGACGCAGAGGGGAGAUUCAGCAUUGAUAAUCAGAAAUGCCGACUUGGUGGUAGAGCUGACGUUGUGGCAACUUCGUCCAAUCUCGAGAGUAAUAGUGUCGGAGGCAUCGAAACUAUAUGGGAGAUCAAAUUCGUUUCUUAG